AUGGCUCUCUCCAGAUCAGCAGAUGACCUUGUCCCGCGUUUAGAACAGCUCAGUGCCUCAGAUAGCCGACGUCAGAAACCAUGGUUCUCGAACCGCAAACUUCGCCAUCUCCAGGGCAUCUCUUUGCGCAAUCUCACCGUCAAUCCUAACACGCCGUCCAGCCGAAAGACUAUAGACGACGACAGUGUUCCGAAUGCCCUCCAGUCCCCCACUAAAUUACUGGCGAUGCGUGAAUUGCCAUCACCCAUCCCCCAGUCACGCUCGUUUACUGACCUCAAGCGUCGUGAUCAGUUUUCCUCCGCAGACGCUACCGCCGCUGCAGCUGCAGCCUCACCUUUAGGGACAUCUGGGAGUGAAAAUCAAAAAGAGCAAAAAAACAAGGCUCAGAUUCUUCGCCGGAGGAGCACCUUACGCUGGGCGGGUGCCAGUCCAUUCAUUCGACAACAUCGACUGGAGGACAUUGCUGGCAACCGGAUGGCGAACUCGUGGUUCUCGCUACAUUGUGCUGGCAUGGAUCAGCCGGUCUACGUGAGCGAAGUGGUGGGGAGGGCGAUGAAUCCGGAUUUCAAGCACUUCGAUCUGAACGUCUGCGGGCCGCUGGUGUCGCGUCUGGAUCAGGUGACGUGUAAUGUGUGGGCGAGGACGGAGGAUAUGACGGAGUAUAUCCUCCUGCUGAGGCUGGAAGUGAAUCUGCGCUCGUUGCAGUAUGUCGGAAAAACGUUGGAGAGUUUCUAUCAUCCGUUGCCGACGAACUGCGUUGUGUUUCACUUCCAGGAUGGUGUUUAUACGAGUUUGAUGGAUAUGCCCCCUGUCCAGCAGCUACCAGCGCCCGUAACUACUGCCUCUGCUGCUGAUGCUAGGGCCCAUGACGAUAGUCGCCUACAGUCUACGUCAACUUACGAUGCGCUCAUGCGCCUUGCCAAUCUCGAUGAUUGUAUUCAAGAUGCCCUCGCGACGCGGGAGAAACUCGAAACUCAAAUAAAUGCGAUACUCGAGAGAAACCAUAGGGCGUUGGAUACCGUAUGUUCCCGGUCUCAAGCCGUCGACAAACUCUCGUCCGUAAAACGCACCAUCACGUCCGUAAAAAAGCAACUACGGCAGAGCAAACAACGCAAAGAAGAGAUCCAACGCAGUCUCGAAGCACGACGUACCGCUAUGGCCCGCGGACGCUCGUCUCAAGAAAAGACCAAGUCCUUCCUUUCUGAAGCACAAUCGAGCAUGUCCUCCAGCGAAAACCUCCUGCGGAAAACAGCCGAAGACUCCAUGGGCCAGAUACGGCGGAUCUGCGAGGAGCUGCAGGCGAUAUACCCGAUCGAGCCGAUCCCGGAGAAGCCACUGGCGUUCACCAUCUGCAGCCGCGCGCUGCCCAACUCGACCUUCGAAGACAUGGACAAAGAAUGCAUUGCGGCUGCACUGGGCUACACGGCGCACCUCGUCUACCUGCUCUCCUUCUACCUCUCCGUUCCCCUCCCGUAUCCAGUGCGGCCUUAUCUAUCUCAUUCGUUGAUCGACGACCCGAUCUCCGCAGGGCUACCGCAGCGCACGUUCCCGCUGUACCCGGUCAAUGGGCACUAUCGGUUCGAGUACGGGGUGUUUUUGCUAAAUAAGAAUAUCGAGUAUAUGAUGAACCGGAUGGGGCUGAGGGUUAUUGAUGUGAGGCAUACGUUGCCGAAUUUGAAGUAUUUACUGUACGUGUUGACGGCGGGUACGGGGGAGUUACCUGCAAGGCAAGCUGGCGGUGUUGUGCGCGGGCUUCUGCUGGGGGUUCGGGGGAGGGCAGGGAGUCAUAUCAUUAGGAGCGGGUUGACGAGCCCGAGUGUGUCGCGACGGGGCAGUGAGGACAGUGUUGUUUCCGGGGCUGGGCCGGGAGCCGGAGGGGCGGGGAGUAUUAUGGGUGAUGGUGGGCCCGGAUCUGGAGCAAGAAAGCUAUUGCAAGAGAAUAUUCUGGCCAAGGCGAAUGGGCAGUUGGCUGUGGACCGGCGACUUGCAGGGGGUGGAAAAGCAUAA